GUGGACGCGCGGUACCGCGUGUACGGCGAGAUUGUGUGGUACGACAUAUGGGAGGAGGUGGCCGGGCCGUGGCUGUCCGACGCGGAGCGGCAGACGGAGGGGCAGGCUGCUGAGCUGGCAGCCGUUGAGGCGCAGGCGCGGGAGCUGACGGCCAAAGCCGAUGAGAUGAUGGUGGCUGUCUGA